AUGGGCAGCAGUGAAUAUGGCAACUAUGCUGCAGGAGGGUUCAGCGCGAAGCCGCUGCGCUGGUGCGGGAUGACGGCCAAAAUGGGCAGCGUGCUGUCGGGUGUCUUCACCAUCAUAGCCACCAAAAUGUACCUCAUCUUCGAAGAGAAGCACCUGGGGAACGGCAACUGCUUGAAGACCGGCUCCCAGGACAGCACGGACGACGCCAUCAACGAGUUCAUCAUCUGCCACAGCUGGAAGAUCGUCUUCUACCUGUCGGCCCUCACCGUCCUCGUGAGCGUCUUCCUGCUGUACUCCGUGUACGUCCAGCUCUACAGGGGCCUGAUGACCUACGUCAUCUGGAUCCUCUUCUACGAGACGGUCAACAUCAUCAUCCAAGUGCUCACCAACACCGACCUCAGCCCCACGGAGGUCAGAGUCUUGCGCUGGUUCGGCUUGGUGUCGCGCGCCGUCAUGCACUGCUUCUGGGUGUUCUACGUCAUCGCCUACGCGCACAUCAUCUACAAAACCCAGAGCCAGGGCAACAUCCUUUACUACAACAGACGCAUCUCCAUGGGGGGCGGAGAGGCCCCGCGCCGCAAGUCCAAGAUCAUCAGCUUCAUCCACCACUACAAGGACUAG